UUUUUUUUUUAAUGUGUACUACGUAUUCUUAAAAAAGGGUUUACUUUUACUUAGCGGUUCGUUAAUAUUUGAACUGUUGGUAUUUCAAAUAGGUUUUGUUUAUUUUUUUAAUAGUUCGUAGUUACUAGUUAAUAUAAGUUUUUUAAAUUCUAAUUCGUUACUUAUUUAGUUUUAGAAUUAUUGUUCAGUGAAAAUGUUAAUGAAUAUUAUCUAGCCGAAAAUCAAUACUUUUAUUAAUACUCAAUAAGUAGUAUGAAUAAAAUGGAACAAAAUAUGGAAGAAGAAAACCCAAAGUACGACAUAACAGUGACAAAUGCCUUUAAGAAGUAUGGAAAAAAUAAUGUAUUUAACGGUUUGAACAUGACUGUGAAAUCCGGUUCUAUAUAUGGUCUUUUAGGACCAAGUGGCUGUGGUAAAUCGACACUUCUUCAAUGUAUUUUAGGAGCAUUGCCAUUAGACUCUGGUUGUAUAGAUUUUCAAGCAAAAAGUGUAAAAGACGUUGGAUAUAUGCCUCAAGAUUUAUGUCUGGAAGUCACGCUGACCAUACAGGAAACGUUUGACUACUAUGGAUCACUUUAUAGAAUGAGCAAGAGAAAUAUAAAAAAAAAAUUCGAUGAGCUUAAUGAAUUUCUGCAGUUACCAAGUUUAAAUAGUCAUCUUAAUGAAAUAAGUGGUGGCCAGAGUAGAAGAGUAUCUCUUGCCAUUAGCUUAUUACAUGACCCCAAAGUUAUGGUUUUGGAUGAACCUACAGUUGGAAUUGACCCUUUACUGAGAGAAGGAAUUUGGGCUGAGUUUAUAAAAAUGGUCAAAGAACAAAAAAAAACAAUCAUAAUAACUACUCAUUAUAUCGAAGAAGCAAAUAAAUCUGAUUGCGUCGGCUUUAUGAGAAAUGGAUUAAUAAUUGAAGAAGGGCCACCUCAAGAUAUUCUUGUGAAAUAUGGUACAGAUACAUUGGAAUCAGCUUUUUUAACGCUUUGCUGUAAUCAAAGAGCAAUUACUGAAAAAGUCAACAACACUGUCCAAGUAAAAGAACAAAUUGUACAAAAAAAAAUAUUGGAAUCGGUAAAUGUCAACCCGUAUAGAAUUAAAGCAUUGUUAAAAAAAAAUUAUCGUGUAUGUUCACGAGAUUAUAUGUUGUUAUUUACUUUGGUCUUACUUCCCAUAAUACAAUCAUUCAAUUUUUGUUUUUCGAUUGGAGUACCAUUCAAAGACAUGAAAAUAGCUUUUAAAAAUGAUGAGAUUAAUAAUUUAGAUUGUCAAUAUUUAAAUGUUAAUCGAUGUAUUUUGGACGAAAAUAGCAAUCAAACAAUGAGUUGUGUUAUUAUGAACUACCUCUCAUCACAUGAUUAUGAAUUAGUCGAAGUACAAGAUCGGGAAGUUGCCGAAGCUGGGAUAAAUCAUACAAAGUAUAUUGCUUUUCUAUAUUUUCCUAAAAACUUUACAAGUGGAUUGACAAAAUAUAUUAAUGACCGUCAAUAUUUUGAUUUAGAAUCUAGAGUUUUUGCUCAUUUAUCAAAUGAAAAUAUUUUGUUUAGAAAUCAAAUUACGGGAGAUGUGUUAGAGUCAAUCAAUUAUCUAGUUAUGGAAGCAUUAAAUAGUUGCUCUAACAAUCCAAUAUCAAUCAGUGUACCCUUGGAGUUCAAUAUUUUGCUUGGAAAAGAAGUUAAAUCAUUUGCCAAUAGUACCGUUUCUCUCUUUAUAGCCAUGGUGGCAUUUUACUGUCCAAGCGUAUUUGCUGUAAGCAUAAUGAUGUCGGAAAAAAUGGACGGACUCCUUAGCCGAUCAAUGUUUGCAGGUGUCAAAAUAUUGGAAUUGUUAAUUUCUAUGUUUUGUAUCACAACAGUGUUACUUUUGUUACAAACGAGUUUCUCCUAUUUUAUUUCACAUGUUUUAUUUUCAAAUCCAAUACAAAUCACCAAUGGAUUGUUUGUGUAUGUGUUAUUAUUACUACUAUUGGGAUGGAUAGGAUUUUUAUAUGGUUUACUUACUGCUGUAAUAUCAACUACAAAAUUAUUCGGUGUGUACAUUAUAACCGGAUCAUCUUUGACUCAGUUCAUAUUAUCAGGUGGAAUAUGGCCUUUGGAAGGACAGCCCCCAUUAUUAAGACAAGUAUCCAAGCUAAUUCCUAUAAGGCUAGUAGGAAAUAUGAUGAACGACAUAGUAAUAAAAGGGUGGACAUUGGAUCAUCCAUCAAUCUUAACAGGAACUUCAUUGACGGUUUUGUAUAACAUAUUAUUAAUACUUGUAUUAAUCUUAUUAGGAAAGAUAAAAAAAGACUUAUGGGUUAUACAAAAAUAGACAGUUAUGGCACUAUACAUAAACAAUACUUCGGUAAUAAAAAAACAAUGUUUUGUAUGGUAAUA